UGAGGUGAGUCGGGCUGCGAGUAGAGGUGGGGCGAGUGUAGGGAGAGGCAGAAGGGUGUGUGCUCAAAUGAACCGCUCUUCCCCUUCGUUCCCUGUCUGUGUGUGUGUGUUUGUGCGAGUGUGUAUGCCACUAGCUUCUGUCUCAUUCGGGCAGAGAAUAGAAAAGUUGGAGCAAAGUCUGAGUCAGCUCCAGCAGCUACCAGACACUCACAGCAACUCCCCCCCACUAGUAACAGGUUUCCUUUUUUUUAAACUGCUCUCUCUCACUCAUUCAGUCUCCCUCUUAUUCAAACUCACACAUACACACCAACCACCGGUCUCUACUGGCAGAGGGAAGACAGGAUCACUGGAGAGCUGUUACACACCUUUACUCCCAGCUUCUUACCCAGAAAGCAGCAGACGUUUUACCCAGGAUGUGGACACUUCUCUUGGGGGUCACCUUUGGAUUACUGGCCUCCUCCAGGUCGGAGGAACUUAAAGUGAAUUAUCGGAGCUGCAGCUACGCCGGCGUCUUUCAUGUUGAGGGAGCUUCCCGGCACUCCCUGAGCUUUGACAUGGCUGAGAAGGUGUGUCAGCAGCUGCAGAGCACCUUGGCCAGUCUAGAGCAAGCCAAAGAGGCCUAUAAUAAAUCCAUGGAGACAUGCAGGAACGGCUGGACCAGCAACAGGACCACUGCCAUCCUCAGACACAAACAGCAUGAAAACUGUGCCAAAAACAUGACUGGGUUCAUCACUAAUCCAAAUGUAAAGGUUGAGCAACUGUUUGAUGCUUACUGCUAUGAUGAACAAGGUGGGCCAGAAGAAAACUGUACUGCCAGAUUUUUAUUAUCUGGACAUGCACCCUCAGAUGAACCAGUAACAGAAGACCAAGGGGACAGCAGCCCUUCAGACAGUGAGGGUGCAGACACCACAGCAGCCCCCGGUGAAGAUGCUAUUGGUGGCGGUCUGGAAACCACUCCAUCAGGCACAUUUGAAGUGACUACAGAAGCUGGUCCAGGAGAGUCACAGACCUUCACAGGGGAUCCUACAGCAGAAGAGAACAGCAGGAUGGGCUCCACUUUCACCCCUGCAGAGUUCGAUCAGUCUGCUGGGUCUGGGAUGCUGCCAGAGGGAGCCUCUCCUACGGCCCCUGUUGGAGGACCAGAGGAAAAACAAGCCACCACUCAGAGCGAUGGGGAGAGCAUGGGUGCUGAGGGAGAGGGGUCCAAGACUGAGGCUCCAACACAACCACAGCCGAAAGGCAAAGGCCGACUCGGGGGAUUUGCUGAUUCUGAGAAGGAUCAUGAUGGCGGUGAUUCAAACUGGCUGGUAAUCAUUGGAGUGAUUGUUGCAGUUGCUGCCAUUCUUCUUGUGUGUGCAGCAGUUGCCAAAAGAAACAGCUGGUGCGGCAAACAGCAGACCCUCAUGAUCACACCCAAAGAUGGUGGCGAAGGAAACGGGACGGCGGCAUCAGCAUCCAGCUCCCACGCCCAAGAGAGGGACCAAGAAAUGGUGACCCUCAUGAAUAAGGAGAAGAUCCAGGAGAACGGCAACACGGAGGAGUUCACCGUCAUCACACUAGAGGAGUCACCAGAUAAAGAGCAGCUAGCGUAGGAGAAGAAAAGAGUGCAGAAGAAGAAAAGAGGAAAAGGAGGGAUGUAGAAUGGAGAGAGAUUUUCAGGAGAUUGGUUGGGUUGGUCAGGUUGGGGGCUGAGUUGCUCCAAACACUGGAGGUAAAAAAAAAAAACCUGCUUACACUGAGUAAAGAUGUUUGUGUGUUUUGUCUAACAGAGGUACAGAGUGUUGUGCUGGGUCUGAAGCUGUUGGGAUGUUGGGAGUUAUGUCAAACCAAUACGUGAGGCGUGUUUUUUGUGUGAUAUGCCAAGGUGGUUUGGCCUGAAAGGCCGUCAGAGUGUGUCACGCAUGGUGGGGCAUCAUGCAGGGUGUGUGAAUGUGUUGUGUAUCAUUUUUUAGUGUUUGAGAACUGUCUGUGUAUGACGGGACUGGAACAAUGCUGAUGGUCUUAUAACAAAAUUUUCUACUAAAAUUGGUCAAUUUUAUCACUUAUUUCAGCUAUGGGAACUUUCAGUAAUAAAAAAUGGGUUGUUGGAAAUAUAACCAAGCAAAACAACCCUUGAGCUAUCCCGUAUGUUCCUUUAUUUGUUUUAUUGCCUUAUUGUUGUAAACUUGUGUACAUUUACGACAUUGCCUGUGGACUGGAGUUUGGUUUUUUCCAUUUUUCAAGAAAACUGGGGAUGUCACUACCUUAAUUUAUGCAGCUUUCAUUCCCUGUUCUUGGUCUCUGUAUAUAAAGUUCAUGUUUUUUGGAAACGCCUUAGCUGUAGCUGCCAGUGCUUUCUGUCGUUUGGUAGAAAAAGGGGACUUUGUAUCCUUUUUUUAAAUAAAGGAAUGUGUCAUUUUUUGGAGAGUUAUUUAACCAGAAGAAGUACCUCUGAGGGGAAUUGUUGUGAAUGGAUUUCGCAAUAGUCAAAGAGGGAGGGGGGUUAUAUGAAUCAGUCAAUAUAAAGGAUCCACUGAAGUCGGUUAAUAUACAUUUAUGAAGUUGGGAUUGUGAUAAAGUGAGGAGUGUGCUGUUACCCUGAGGGGGGAAGAUGUAUAAAUAAUUUAUACACAGUGUGUACAUUGAUUAAGGAGAACAACAGCAGAAUAAAGAAUUGGAUACAGCAGAUUAACUGUGAUUUGAGGCUAAAUCCAAACUCAGUUGAAGCAAAUGAGUGACAGUCUUAGAGACCAAAGUGCACGUAUGAUAAUGUGGGGCCCGUGUGCUGUAAACACACAGUUUGUUUGCAUGAAAGAGGCCAUGACAGCGUGGAGGAGGGGUUUCUAUGAAUGAAUCCUGUGUGCUUGCCAAGGUCUACAAAUGCCAGUCACUCUUUAUGGCAACAAAAUGCUGCACUUUUUUUUUUUUAACCAACAUUGUCAUUAGUGAAAUAUAUCCAACACUGUGUCAUAUAAUAUUAUUCCAUCUGUAACGGCUAAACUUUCCUGGUUUACUUUGUGACGCUGAAUUAUAAUCAGCGAUUCCAAACCUGUUUUGUUCUGACUUUAUCCCUUUUUGCUCUAAAAUGGUUCAUUUUGAAGACAUGUAGCACAUGUAUUAGUGUAGAAAAGUUUCUAUGACAAAUUAACAAAAGAUGGAUUUGUAAAGUCAUGACAAAAUAAAUGUGUAUAGAAGAUGUGAA